AUGUUGGAGCGGUAUAAAGCAGUGAGUCCAGUGGAUGGACGAUACAACAAAUACACAUUUGAGAUAUCAGAGUACCUCUCGGAGUACAGUAUUACGAGAAAUAGAAUACUGGUGGAAGUCAAAUGGCUCCGGUGCCUUAUAAAACUGGGAAUAGCGCCAGUGAAGCAGCUUUCGAAGGAAUCCGUGGAGAACCUUCGCACGAUUAUAGACAUGGAAGCUAGGCUUAUGCACGACCUAAAAGCAGUGGAGUACUAUAUUAGGAAACGAAUGGAAGAGAGCGGGCUGCCGGAGCUGAGUAAACUCGUGACCUGGGUCCACAUCUUCUGCACGAGCGAGGACAUAAACAGUCCGUCGUACUCAAUCGGAAUUAGGGACUGUAUGAACGUGCUAAUGAAGCCGCUGAUGCUUGAUGUGAUAAGGAACCUGGAGAGGGUGGCACUGGAGAAUGCGGACAAGCCGAUGCUAUCGAGAACGCACGGCCAGCCGGCAGUGCCGACCACGUUCGGAAAGGAGGUGGCCACGUUCGUGUACAGGCUGUCGUACCAGUACAAGAAGUACAUACAGAACGUAAGCGCGAAGUUUAAUUUUCGAGGUAAGCGCGGAAGAACGCAAGACCUUAACUCCGGUUGCAGAGGGCUCCUGAAGCUUAAGAACGUGAAGGGCGAAGUUGGAAGCAGCACGAUGCCGCACAAGAUAAAUCCUAUCGCCCUGGAGAACGCGGAGGGAAACCUGGGCAUGGCGAACUGCCUCUUCCAGUUCUUCAGCACGAAGCUGCCGAGAAGCAGGAUGCAGCGCGACCUCUCGGACUCCUCAGUGCUGAGGAACCUGGGAGUGGCAUUCGGGCACUCAAUGGUCGCCUACAAGAACAUAAUCACGUCGCUGGAGAGAAUGGGGUUCGACGACGAGGAGUCGGGGCGGGACAUCCAGGAGCAUUGGACGAUACUCUCUGAGCCGCUGCAGGUCUCCCUGAAGAUGAUGGGCCACAAGGACGCCUUCGAAAAGGUGAUGGUGUUCACGAGGGGACUAAAUCCCACAAAGGAGCAAAUGCGCAAGUUUAUCGAGGACAACUGUGGGAAGGACUCGAUGGUGAUGACACUGAAGCUGGAGGAGUAUACGGGCCUCGCCGAAAAGCUGGCGAGAAACGUUGUAAAGUAUGUACCAAAGGAGUAG